AUGACCACAAGUCCCACACCGAUGCGGCAGAAGAGACAAAUUCUCCGUCUCAUCCAUCACGUUCUUAGGCUCUUCGAGACGCUAUGUAAGGAAGUCACCAAAUUCAACAACUACGUCAAUGCGCAGAGUGCCCAAGGCAAACCGCUCUAUAAAUGGGCGAAGUAUACUCGCUUUGAGCGGAUGUCGGCGGCUGUGGAAGCACUGAGUAGAUCGGCCGAGACUCUCAACCGUAUAGUUGCCUUGUCAAAAGAAGUAUGCAACACACUUCCCACCAUAGGUCCUGGACUCCUGGCUAAUGGAAUUAUACCACCCUUCUACAGCGAAUGGUACCUGCAGGCGUUGACUGCAAAGGCUCUUCAGGACGUCCAAGGUUCAGAAUUGGACGAGGCAACGAAGCAAGAGGCGGAAGCACUUAUCCUAAAGGAACAUUCGACGAUCAAUAAUCACCUGUCAGCCGCAAAGGCAAGCCUUCAAGCCGUUACAGAACUCCUCUUCAAAAUCCUCAGUGGAAGCCCUGCGCCUAAAUAUCAUCUUCUCAAGUUACCUCAGGGUAUCGGCCAAGAUGAAAAUGAGGCCACUGGAUGCCGUCUGGAGAGAUCAGGGACUGCAGACUCCACGAGCGCUCGAUGUGUGACUGUUAUCGAAGGACCUCGUGGAUUUGGCAAUAUGCUCGGCCUGUUGAUCGUAGGAAUCGGCUUGUGCUUCGUUGCAUACCGUAUACGGCACAAACUGCCUAAAACUGGCAGGGAAGAUUGCGCUCCGCUCGAAUCCUUACAACGCGACAUCCAGAACAGCAUCCACAUGAUCUCCGAUCUUUCUGCUCAAGUAGGCGAUGUCACGGCAUAUACCGCAAACCUGGAGUCGAAGAUAGACGCCGCCGCCAAACAUUCUUCCAGCCUCGAGCAACUGUGUGAAGAUCUUGGUCUACGCAUCGAUUCCAUUUGGGAUAGUCUCGGUCCGCCAAACGAAGAUGGCACAUACAGGUCGGUUAACGAAAACCAGCUCAUCUCCCACCACGCCCGGAAAGACCUGCGGUCUCACAUAGACGAAGUCAGCGAGGAAGUAGUCAAGGUUCGCAGGGAGAUGCAUCGCAUGAAUAUCCGGCUCACCAAAGACAUGGAUGAUCUCAAGAAGAAUAAGUAA